ACCGUGGCGUGUCAGUCACCAUGGUGGCAUACAACAGAGUACAGCGGCGGACCUCUCCUCACUGUUAGACCCGUUAAAAAAUGCUCAUUUAAGGCGUUUUCUAAGUGAGCGGACCGGGGUCUGCCUCUGGUAAUGGGCUCCAGGCUGCCGUGGACCGGUUAACCAUUAGCUGCUAGCUUACUUUGUGUGUUUCGGCGGUUCUCCAUGGGAUUUCUUUUCGUCGCUAGCAGAAUGCUGAAGAGACAAGGAAUAGCUUUGAUGAACGCUGUGUUGAAUAGAGGGACAGUUUUACAUUUAAGAGAAUAAUUCUAACAGCGUGUUUGUGGGACGGCUUUUUUUUUUUUUUUUUUUUUGACAGAAGUUGGGACCGGUGCUAGCGGCGGUGGCACUCCCCGUCUCGGGCCGGGCGUUAAGAAAGAGACACCCCGAGUAGACUCCUCGGCUGUCGGGCUCAAGUCGUGGCCUGGCUCCGGGCACUCCCAGCUCAUCCGUUAGCCUCGGAACACAGCCGACAACAAAACACCAAGACAGCAGAGGACUUCUUUUGUAUUUAUCUCCACUUGUGGAUAUUUAUAACUGAGUAUUUUGUAGGUUAACGGGUCCAGUAUCCCUUCAGGCGGCGUCUUCCAAAACAAUGGCGUCUUAUGUGGAUAACAGCUUUCGACAGGCUGUGAUGAUGAAUCCGGCUGAGAGGACGCAACAGGACCUGGAGAUUGUCUACUCUUAUCUCCAUGGAAUGGAGGCCUUGUCCAACCUCAGAGAGCACCAGCUGAGGAUAAUGUGUGAGACGGUGCGCUACGAAAGACACGAGGCCAACGAAGUGCUUUACUACCCUGACGACAUCGGAAGCUGUUGGUACAUCCUGUUGUCCGGCUCCGUCUUCAUUAAGGAAUCCAUGUUUCUGCCCAGAAGCAGUUUUGGGAAGCGAUCGGCAGGCAGCCUACGACGCGGAUGUGAGUGUAUUGUCCUGGAACCUUCAGAGAUGAUUGUGGUGGACUAUAUGGAUGAAAAUGAGGAGUACUUUCAGCGGCAAGCCUCGCACAGACAGUCCCGCCGGCGCUUUCGGAAGAUCAACCAGAAAGGGGAGAGGCAGACAAUCAUCGACACCGUGGAUCCGUACCCCACCGGAAAGCCGCCUAUAGGUCGGGGAUACCACACGCUCCCCGCAGACUUCAGCAGACUUCACCUGGCCGACGGCUUGCACCCACAGGUGACCCACGUGUCCUCCAGCCACUCAGGAUGUAGUAUCACCAGCGACUCUGGAAGCAGCAGCCUGUCAGACAUUUACCAGGCCACAGAAAACGAGCCAGGUGACAUGGACCUGAGUGGCCUACCAGAGACCGCGGUCGACUCCGAGGAGGACGACGAUGAGGAGGACAUUGAGCGAGCGUCGGACCCCCUCAUGAGCCGGGACAUUGUACGGGACUGUCUGGAGAAGGACCCGAUGGACAGGACUGACGAUGACAUAGAGCAAUUACUGGAGUUCAUGCAUCAACUGCCAGCAUUUGCCAACAUGACCAUGUCAGUGAGGAGGGAACUCUGUGCUGUCAUGGUUUUCGCUGUGGUCGAGCGCGCUGGCACCAUCGUUCUCAACGAUGGAGAAGAGUUGGACUCCUGGUCUGUGAUCCUCAACGGGUCGGUGGAGGUGACGUACCCUGACAGCCGGACAGAGAUCCUGUGUAUGGGGAACAGUUUUGGGGUGUCACCAACUAUGGAAAAGGAAUACAUGAAGGGAGUGAUGAAGACCAAGGUGGACGACUGCCAGUUUGUGUGUAUAGCCCAGCAGGACUACUGCUGCAUCCUCAACCAGGUGGAGAAGAACAUGCAGAAGGUGGAGGAGGAAGGAGAAAUUGUUAUGGUGAAGGAACACCGUGAGCUCGACCGCACGGGAACCAGGAAAGGACACAUCGUCAUCAAGGGCACACCAGAGCGUCUCACCAUGCACCUUGUGGAGGAGCACUCAGUUGUGGAUCCCACCUACAUCGAGGACUUCCUGUUGACCUACAGGACCUUCCUCUCCAGCCCCAUGGUCGUGGGCAAGAAGCUCCUGGAGUGGUUCCACGACCCCAGUCUCAGGGACAAGGUUACACGGGUAGUCUUGCUGUGGGUAAACAAUCACUUCAAUGACUUUGAGGGUGACCCUGCCAUGACUCACUUUCUGGAAGAGUUUGAAAACAAUCUGGAGAAAGAAAAAAUGUGUGGGCACCUCAGACUGUUAAAUAUUGCAUGUGCUGCUAAAGCCAAGCCACGGCUGGUGACACUGACCAAGCCGUCCAGGGAGGCUCCGCUGGCCUUCAGCCUUCUCGGAGGUCAGGAGAAAGGCUUCCGCAUCUUCAUCGAUGCCGUGGAGUCGGGGAGCAAGGCAGCAGAGGCUGGCCUUAAACGAGGAGAUCAGAUCUUGGAGGUGAAUGGGCAGAACUUCGAAAAUGUCCAGCUCAGCAAAGCCAAUGAGAUACUGAAGAACAACACUCACUUGUCCAUAACUGUGAAAACAAAUCUUUUAGUGUUCAAAGAGCUGCUAACCAGGCCAGAACAUGACCACGACAUGGACGGCGAGGAGGAACACGACAGAAAGAAUGGAGCGCCGCACCUUCCCAAGAUCGGAGACAUCAAAAAGGCCAGCCGAUACUCCAUCCCUGACCUGGCAGUGGACGUGGAGCAGGUGAUGGGCCUGGAGAAGGUCAGCAAGAAGGCAAAGACCAACACAGUGGGAGGACGCAACAAGCUGAAGAAGAUAUUCGACAAGACGCUCACCAGCAUCCUGCCUCCGAAACCAUACAAUGACGUCUGCGUGGGCCAAUCGCAGGACGACAGCAUAGUGGGGAUGAAGCAGUCGAAACAGAUCCCACCAGCCCUGCCUGUCAGUGGCAACCUGUCCUCAUCAAACCCAGACCUUUUACAGUCGCACCACCGUAUCCUCGACUUCAACAACCAGCCUGUCCCGUUCAUUCUGAAUAUGUCAGACCAGGUAUUACGAGUUUUCAAGGCGGACCAGCAGUCUCGAUAUAUCAUGAUCGGGAAGGACACGACGGCGAAGGAGGUGGUGGUUCAGGCAAUCCGGGAGUUCGCGCUGACCGCAGCAGCCGAGGCUUAUUCUCUGUGCGAGGUGUCCGUCACACCAGAGGGCGUCAUCAAACAGAGGCGGUUACCAGACCAGCUUUCUAAACUCGCCGACAGGAUUCAACUGAGCGGCAGAUACUACCUAAAAAGCAACAUGGAGACGGAGACGUUAUGUUCAGACGAGGACGCCCAGGACCUGCUGCGAGAAGGACAGAUCUCCCUGUUGCAGCUGAGCACCGUGGAGGUGGCCACCCAGCUCUCCAUGAGGGCCUUCGAACUGUUCUGCGCCAUCGAGCCCACUGAAUACAUCGACGACCUGUUCAAGCUGCGCUCCAAGACGGGCUCGGCCAGCCUCAAGCGCUUCGAGGAGGCCAUCAACCACGAGACCUUCUGGGUGGCCACGGAGGUGACGCGGGAACCCAACCAGCUCAAACGCAUGAAGACCAUCAAGCACUUCAUCAAGAUCGCACUGCACUGCCGCGAGUGCAAGAACUUCAACUCCAUGUUCGCCAUCAUCAGCGGUCUGAACCUCGCCCCGGUGUCGAGGCUACGAGGAACGUGGGAGAAGCUGCCGAGCAAAUAUGAGAAGCUCUUCGGGGACCUGCAGGACCUGUUCGACCCCUCCAGAAACAUGGCCAAGUACAGAAAUGUCCUUAACAAUCAGAACCUCCAGCCCCCAAUCAUCCCUCUGUUCCCCGUCAUCAAGAAGGACCUCACCUUCCUACAUGAAGGUAAUGAUUCUAAAGUGGACGGCCUGGUGAACUUUGAAAAGCUGAGGAUGAUUGCCAAAGAAAUCCGCCAUGUCGGUCGCAUGGCCUCCGUCAACAUGGACCCAGCCCUCAUGUUCCGGACGAGGAAGAAGAAAUGGAGAAGUUUAGGGUCCCUAAGCCAGGGCAGCGCCAAUGCGGCAGUCCUCGACGUCACCCAGACAGGUGGGCACAAGAAGAGGGUGCGACGCAGCUCCUUCCUGAACGCCAAAAAGCUUUACGAGGACGCCCAGAUGGCCAGGAAGGUCAAACAGUACCUGUCCAACCUCAGCCUGGAAACGAACGAGGAGAGUUUGCAAACACUCUCGUUACAGUGUGAACCCUCCAUUAACACAUUGCCCAAGAAUGCCGGUGGGAAGCGACCAGACACUUCUCCAGUGGUGUCCAGAGCUGCCAGCCAACAGAGGGGCCAGCUGGCCAAAGGAAACCAGGCCCUCCAGGUCCCAGCUGUGGCCCUCUACCCAUCCCGCAAGAAAGUGCCAGUGAAGGAUCUGCCGCCUUUUGGCACCAGUUCCCCCCAGUCGCUGAAGAAGAUUCUGUCUCUGUCAGAGGAGGGGAGCGACAGGCACCGGAGGCAGCCAGAGGACACCGUGUCCAACGCCUCCUCCCAGCUCUCCUCCCCUCCCACCUCCCCCCAGAGCUCGCCCAAGAAGGGUUACAGUAGAAUGGGAGACGCCUACUCCGACUCCGGUCACAGCGAGAUCUCCUCUCGCUCCAGUCUAGUCAGUAACUCUUCGUUCGACAUGGCCCAGGAGGAGAGGAGACUUCGGCACUCCGGGGUCGGGGACUCCCACCUCGGGGGUCCGCGGCUGGAACGACGAGCCACCACCGACCCCGACCAGUACAGCAUCGGAUCAUAUUCAUCGAUGCAGGACUGUCGGGGCAUUUACGCCGGCUGCCCUACAGUUCUCUCCUCGCCAAGUUCAGAAGAGUUGACCCAAGACCAGGGCGACCGCGUGUCCCUGGACGCUGCCGACAGCGGCCGUGGCUCCUGGACGUCCUGCUCCUCCGGUUCCCACGACAACAUCCAGACCAUGCAGCAGGGACGCAGCUGGGAGACGCUGGCGUUCGGAGGAGGUGGAGGCGGCAGCAUCCCCCCCGGCGGACCGGAGGCCUUACUGGGAGGACCCGCCGCACUGUGGGCGGCCCAGGCCAGGGGCAGCUGGGCGUCGGCCAGCUCCUCCUCAUCCUCGGCCGCGUACUGGGGGGAGGACUCCGAGGGAGACACUGGCACCAUCAAGAGGAGAGGGGGGAAGGACGUAAAUGCCGACCCAGAGACAAGUAGCAUCACAUCCACCGGGUCGGAGGAGGCCAAGCAUCUCGGCAGACCCUCGCCGUCGCCGAUCACCGCUGGGGGUAAAGGCCUCAUCUCUCGGAAAGAGGGCCGUUACCGCGAGCCCCCUCCGACUCCGCCCGGCUACACGGCGCUGACCAUCUCGGACCUCGCCGAAGGACAGCACCCCAGCCCGUCUGUUCCCACGUCCACGGCCGGCCACUCAGGCCGCCGGCCACCGGACUACACCACGGCCCUGCAGCGCUCUCGCAUGGUCACACAGUCGCCCGACUCGCACCAGGCCCACCAGAGCGCCAAGCAACGGGCGGGUGGGCUCCACCGCACCCGCUCGCCGGCCGAGGAACAAGAGGCCGAGGAGGAAGAGGAGGGUGAGUCCUUGUCUUCCAAACUAGUCGCUCUGAGGAAGCCAAAGCCAGUGGCACAGCACACACCCGAGACUCCCAGACCAUGAGAGUGUGUGUACGGGGGUUAACAGGCAGGGCCCCUCUCCCGAGGCAGAGGACGAACAGGUGUCUGCGGUCUGAGGGACACCGGUGGACGCCCUUUUUGCAGUAACUUGAAGUCCCCCUCCGUCAGGGUGGGCGGGAUUAAAGAGACUGACUGACAGACAGACAGACCAAUAGAUCAUCAUCAGUUACAUACGUGCCUGCCUCCUCCACUCGGCUCUCCCUCGUGUUCAGUGGAUUUACUGCUCAUCUCCCUCCCCUGCCUUAAAGCAUCAUGGGAGGUUGAAUGACCCUGCAUUAAAAAAAAAAGCAAAACAGAAAAAAAAUACUGUGAAGAAGACGAGACGGAGAGAAGGUCAAAGACGAUGAUAAAAUACCUGGCACUUUGGACAAAAAAAACAAACAAAAAAAAAGACUACAGAGACGAAUCCUGCGUCGUGGGCUCGGAAACGGAAAACACACAAAAACCACAAAGAUGUCGCUGUUAGGAAACAGGAUGGACUCCUGGCACCCGCAAACAUGCGGUGACAAAACCCACCUUUUCACACAGCGGUGUCAUGACGUGUUGAGCUUCAUCUGCACUUUCUCAUUUUUCUAAAAAAGAAAAAACCGAACAAAAUAAAAACAGACUUUUGUUUGAAGACGGAGAGAAACCACGGUUGACUUGACUCUUAAUUUUCAACUUCCCACUAGAUUUCUUUUUGUCGUUGCUCUUUAUUUUUUUAUUUUUAAUGUUUUUGUUUUUGUUUUGUUUUUUUUGUUUUGUUUGUUUUUGUUUUUUGUUUUUUCGACUGAUUGCACUCUGGGGGCCGAAAAGAGAAACCAAGUCAGCCCAUUUCUCUGCCUGGACUGAAGCUAACAGUGGUUGAACUCUAAAUCCAGUAUUAUCUCGUGUGUCACAUGUGAAAGCUUAUCGAGAGUUGGUUCGAGUCGAAGCUAAAGCGGGAUUCGAGUCAGUAGAACCAACACGCACAAUGUACUGACACACACAUACACAGUACAUGUUAUGUACUAGCUCAUACACAAGUCAUUUCUUUAAAAAAAAAAAAAAAUAGCACUUUCAGCACAAUCCUCGAUGUUACCAGGCAUUUGAAUAGCAGGGUAUGAGUUGAGCAUAUCUUCCCGUCAGAGCCCGUCUGGUUUAUAUCGCAGUCAUCGUACCUGUUGUUCGCUGUUAGAUUGAGAGCAUAAGGUUUUGUCACUGGCCUGUUUUUUAGGCGAUUAUCAAAAAGCACAGAGGUGAUUGAGCCCCUUCCGCCAAGAAUCCGAGGUUCACCAAGUCACAAAAACAACGCAGCCGCAGAAGACGCAGUUCCAUCCUCCCACCCUAAACUUACAAUCUCAUGUCAGGUAUGGAAUCGAAUCAGACGAGUUUAGUAAUCAGACUGUUUUCUAAUCAGCAGUGUUCGGAGGAAAAUCCCAGAAAUGUUGCCUCUCGUCCCUUUCGUUUUCGAUCCGAAGGGGUUCCAGACUGAGCAGGACGCCAAACAUCAGCAGACGCCCCGUCAGAUUUCACUUUUCUUUCCGCUGCCAAUGUGUAAAUUGUGAGUGUGCUGUUAAAUAUCUACCUUGACGAGUGAUCUUGUACAGAGUCUUAAAAUCCACAUUUUCCCCUUAUAUUAAAAAAAAAACAAAAAAAAACAAACAAACAAAACAUCCAGAUGUCGAUUCGGCUCCUUACCCAAACCCGACCACAUUUCGUGAAUGUCCAAAGCGCCUUACGAUGCCAUGAUUGCGUACGUUUUUGUAUGUUGGGUUCCCUCUUGCAAUAGCAGAAUGAAAUGCCUUAUUGUGAAGACACUUCCCCUGAUUUUGUAACACGUUAAGACUCAGUACAAGAUGAUUUCCUUUCGUACUUUCUUUCUUUCUGUGUGUUGACUUAAAGUGGCUUCAGGCUGCAGUGUAGUAGAUCAUCUGUUUGUCGAUAUUCGGAGCACCUCUUCUUCUGCUUUUGUGCGACUAGAUUCAUCGUCGACUUUUUAAAGGACAGAAGUGUUUCUCACCGUCGCAGACAUCAGUUCAGUGGAUGCCGUAUGUAUAUUUACUGCUAACGCCUGCAUCCACCAUAUCAUGCCAUCAGUGGAAGUGACUGAGGACCAUGUUUUCAUUGUUUUUUCUUUGACUCCGGUGGGGAAGUUGACAUAUGAAGAAACCUAAUUUUUUUUUUUUUUCGAGGCUGCCAAUCAGAGUCAAAAAUCAAUUGUGAAAAAUGAACUUGUUUUUUUUUUCUCUGUUUUUUGCUUCGAUCACUGAGUCACACUGAUCACAUUGAUCAGUCUUGGAAACUAAAGACUGAGGAAAAAGAGGAAUGAGUGCAGUGUUUUCCACUGUGUUCUGUGACUACACACUAAUAAUUUCCUGUUUUUUCUUUUUGUUUUGUUUUUUUUUAAUUGUAAUUUUUUGUAAUGGCUGCAGAUAGAUUGUUUAUAAUUUGUUUGUAAUACAGUGGUGACAUGCAUCAUUCACUUUCAUUCAACUCUGAAGAUAAUGUGCAUAUUAGCGGGCCGAGUCGUCUUUUCGAAAAACAAAACGUUGCACAAAAAUGUACAAGCGUAAAGAUAAGUGUAGUAGGUAGAACUGCUACUCCGUUUGAUGUGUGAUGUCAGUGAGAAAUGUACAUUUAGCUGGUGAUGACCUUCUUUUCUUCUUCAUUCUUUCUUGUACUACUUUGACCUGUAUGUCUUUUAAAAAGACAAUUGGUGGAGUAUGUAUCAGUUGUUUUUGUAUUUUUAAUACAAUAAUUGUAAAUAUUGGUUAUAUUUUUGUUCAAAUGUACUAUGUUUAUGCCUCAACAUCCAGUUUAUAUGAAGCUGGGAAUCAAUAAAUACUGCAUAAAGAAUCAA